CCGCCGUGACGUCCUCCAUGACGCCGGGCGGCGUGGACGGACUCCCCGUUCCCCCCUGCCGCAGCUUCCGUCGCCGCGCGGCGCGUCGUCUCACGGGGAGCUCCACAGCGACCUACCACCGGGCCCGACCGGGCCUACUUAAGCCUUCCCCCACCACCUGCCGCCGCCGCACCCAUCAGGCAGCUUCGAACACGCGGCAGCGGGAUCGACGGCUGCCAACUGUUGAAGUGCGCUCCGCGCUGCUAGAAUGGCGUCCGGGUGGAGGGGCAUCCUGGGCUUGGACUACGGCAUCGUGCAGGCGCCGCUCGGCCCGGACAUCUCGGGCCCCGAGCUCGCCGCCGCCGUCGCCAACGCUGGCGCCAUCGGCCUCCUCCGCCUCCCCGACUGGCCGGCGCCGGAUCGCGUCAGAGAGCUGAUUCGGAGGACGAGGAGCCUGACGUCGAGGCCAUUCGGGGCGGCCAUUGUGCUGGCGUUCCCGCACGAGGAGAACCUGAGGGUCGUGCUGGAGGAGAAGCUCGCCGUGCUGCAGGUGUACUGGGGGGAGUUCCCGAGAGAGCGGGUCGAAGAGGCGCACCGCGCCGGCGUCAAGGUCUUGCAUCAGGUUGGCAGCCUUGAAGAGGCAGUGAAAGCUAAAGAAGCCGGUGUAGAUGGAAUCAUUGUUCAGGGCCGUGAAGCAGGAGGUCAUGUAAUUGGUCAGGAAGGACUGUUUCCACUGUUGCCGAGAGUAGUAGAUCUUGUUUCGGACUCUGGCAUUCCAGUUAUCGCUGCUGGGGGAAUCGUAAAUGGGCGUGGCUAUGUUGCUGCAUUGGCACUUGGUGCUCAAGGCGUUUGUUUAGGAACAAGGUUCGUGGCUACUGCAGAAAGCUUUGCACAUCCUAUUUAUAAGCAAAAGCUGAUUGAGAUGAGUCGCACAGACUAUACAAAUUUGUUCGGACGUGCUAGAUGGCCUGAUGCUCCACAGCGUGUCCUGGAAACACCCUUCUAUGCUGGGUGGAAGAAUAAUCUGUCAGAUCAGGAAACAGAGGAAAGCCAGCCCAUCAUAGGCCAUUCUAUCAUCCAUGGCAUGCGCAAAGAUAUUCGUCGGUUUGCCGGUACUGUUCCAAACGCCACAGCUACAGGUGAUGUCGAGAGCAUGGCCAUGUAUGCGGGUCAGGGUGUUGGGCUAAUCACGGAGAUCAUACCAGCUGGUGAAGUUGUCAAAAGGCUGGUCGCUGAAGCAAAGGAUGUCAUCAGAGAAAAGCUUUAUGAUUUGGAGUAAGAUCUUCCUGAACUGCAAGCUGUAUCUACAAAGCAUCAAGUAUUUGCAAGUAGUCACCCACCAGAACAACUGGGAUCACCAUGUUUGCUUCUGUAUGCUAUUUGUAAAUAAUAACUGUUGAAAAUAAAUGAGACUACCAAAGGUAUUCUGUCUGCCAAAAUCUUUGUAACGAAAUACUUCCUGAAUUAUUUUUGUAUGUGCCUUCUCA